AUGUCACUCCAGAACAUGUCCAAGUCGGCCGUCCGCGUCGGCAAGAACUACAUCAAGGGCUACUCGGACGUCCAGGUCAAGGUGCGCGACGCCACCUCAAACGACCCCUGGGGUCCCAGCGGCACCCAGAUGAACGAGCUCGCACAGCUCAGCUACAACCAGAACGACUUUGUCGAGAUGAUGGAGAUCCUCGACAAGCGCCUCAACGACAAGGGGAAGAACUGGAGGCACGUCUUCAAGUCGCUCACCCUCCUCGACUAUCUUCUCCACGCUGGCUCCGAGAACGUCGUCAUCUACUUCCGCGACAACAUCUACGUCGUAAAGACGCUCAAGGAGUUCCAGUACAUUGACGAGUACGGCAAGGACCAGGGCGCCAACGUGCGGCAAAAGGCCAAGGACAUCACCAACCUCCUGCAGGACGAGACGCGGCUGAGGGAGGAGCGGAGGUCCCGCGCCACGAUGCGCAACCGGAUGUCGGGUCACGAGGACGACGACGACGACGAGCUGAGAAGGAGGCGGCGAGAAGAGGAGGAGCGCAACCGCAACCGCAGGCGCGCCAACAACAACAACAACAACGAGGACGACGAGCUGAAGCGCGCCAUCGAAGAGUCCAAGAGGAUGGCGAGGGAGGAGCAGGACCGGAUCCGCGCCGAGGCCAAGGACGAGGAGGAGCUGCAAAAGGCGCUGGCCAUCUCCAAAAAGGAGGAAGAGGAGCGCAUCCGGGCGCUCGAGCAGCAAAACCAGAACGCCCUCUUUGACGACUCAAUCAACCUCGACGGGCCCAACGCGUACGCCAACCAGCAGCAGCAGCAGCAAGUCGACUUUUUCGGCAAUCCGCUCGUCGACACGAGCGGCGGCCAGAACCCGUACGGCCUCCAGCCGCAGUACACGUCGUUCAACCCGUACAUGCAGGCGCAGGCGACGGGCUACAACCCCUUCCUGCAGAACCAGCUGCAGCAGCAGGAGAUGAUGCAGCAGCAGUACCUCCAGCAGCAGCAGGCCGAGUACCAGCGCCAGCUCGAGAUGCAGCAGGCGGCGCAGCAGUACCAGCAGAUGAUGACGCAGCAGCCCAUUAUGCCGCAGCAGACGAGCUUCGGCUCCAACAACCCCUGGCUCCAGAGCUCGCAGCAACAGCAGCAGCAGCCACAGCCACCACAGCAGCAGCAGCACAAUGUGCCGGUGGGCGACCUGUUUUCGUCGGAUCCGGUGCCCUCGCCGCAACCGCCCGCUGCGCCGACGCCGCAGCCGCAGCAGCAGCAAGCGCCGCGGAUCAAGACGGCAGGCGACGACAAGCACGCCGAGCUCAACCGGCUGCUGGCGAGCGGCGAGGGCAUGGACACGUUUGGCAAUACCGGCGACGUGCGCAUGGGCCCCAACGCGGCCCGGCUGGCCCAGAUGCAGGCGCAGAGGACCGGCAUGAACAUGAACAUGAACAGCAACCCGGCCUCGCUCUUUGGCCAGCAGGCCUUUGGCGGGCAGGCCCAACAGCCGCAGCACCAGCAGCAGCAGCAGCAGCAGCAGCAGCAGCAGCAGCAGCAGCAGCAGGGCGGCUCGGACAACAACCCGUUCUUCCAGAUCUGA